UCGCUCAAUUACUAAGCCCAUGAUCAGAGGGAUUUUUUCUUUAUGCACUUGCAAAUUUCAUAUCCCAUUUUUAGACACAUGACACACAGAUAAAAGCGGCAGCUGAGGCUCUUCUCCUCCACCAAGAAAGGUAGAUAAUAGGAAGAACCAGAGCAAGCUCCCCGAUCUUCUCAAAACCUCUCUCUCUCUCUCUCUCUCUCCAACUUUAGAGGCAUCUUUCAACGUAAGAUAAUGGCUUCCACGACAGACAAGUCAAUCAAAAAAGAAGUUUCCAGAUUAGAAGCCAAGAAUAAGAUCUACACUAAGAAGGAAGUCAGCAAGGGAGCUUGGACUGCAGAGGAAGAUCGGAAACUGGCAGAGGUCAUUGAAAUCCAUGGUGCAAAAAGGUGGAAGAAACUUGCAGAUAAAUCAGGUCUGAAUCGAUGCGGUAAGAGUUGUAGACUGAGAUGGCUGAAUUACCUGAGACCCAACAUCAAGAGAGGGAAUAUAUCUGCCCAAGAAGAGGAUUUGAUUCUGAGGCUCCAUAAACUACUGGGAAACAGGUGGUCUCUGAUUGCUGGAAGAUUACCGGGACGAACAGAUAAUGAGAUAAAGAAUUACUGGAAUUCUCAUUUGAGCAAGAAAAUAAAACAGGAGAAACAGAGAGGAGCUGCUACAGUAGAAGGCUGCAAUGCUCAGGAAAAUAAAGCGGAAGAGAAAGUCAAUGUAGAAAUGAGAGAGGAGGAAAAUUCAGCCGGGGGAGUUGCAGACUCAGAAAAAAUCAAAUUUGAUGUAGAUGAGUUCUUUGAUUUCUCUAAUGAAAGUGCGUUGAAUUUAGAGUGGAUUAGCAAAUUCCUUGAACCGGAUCAAGACUUCAAUGAUAUUAUAUAAAUUCCAUAUAUAAGCUAUUUGUUUUCUCCCCGUGAACCCAGUGAAGUUCAUGCUGAUCAUCAGAGAUGUAUGGAAUUUUCUUGGUUUAUCGACUCUUUUUUUUCCCUGUUGUUACCCUCAUUUUUGAAGUUUCUCGUUUGUCUUUUAUCCGACAGUAAUACAGGUAAACAACAUGGCUAGGCCUAGCUAAAUCUUUUAGAAAAAAGAGAGAAGAGGAGCACUAAACUGCAGACUCUGGCAUUUAAUCCUCGUUCGGUGGUGACAGAUUCUCUCUCUCUCUCUCUCUCUCUCUCGGCAAGUUGUCGAGGACAAAACCACUCAUGAUAUGGAAAUUCAUUUCGAAGAGAAAGUAGCAGAAUGCAUUGUAUUGUUCUUUGCAUAAUCAAUAGCAUUUGUACCAAGUUAUAAUAUUUUAAAGGGACCAACAAAGCACUCUCACUAACACAGGA